AUGACUAAAGCUUACGAGACAACAGUGUACGCGUUGGCAAUCUCAGCCAUCUAUUUUGCGCUGUGGGUGGGUGUUUUCCCUACUCCAGCCGUUUUCCAGAACGAGGUUCUUCCGGUCGUGCCAUGGUGGGCGCUAGUAUCCUUUGGAUGCUACACGCUGUUCAGUCUCGGGUACGGCGUGUACACCUUGCAGGACAAGAAAGACAAAUACGUGGAAUUGACGGAGCAGAUCAAGGAGGCCAAGACGUUUUUGAAGGCCAAAGGUGUUGACGUUAAUUAG